AUGGUUUUGGCAAUGAGAUCAACACGCCAUGCUUCCAAGCUGGCUCAGGCUGCUCGCUCAUUGACUCUGAACAAUGCCCGCAGAUACUCGACGACCGAACCCGAUCUCAAGACGGCCCUCAAGGCGGUCAUCCCCGCCAAACGGGAAUUGUUCAAGCAGGUCAAGGAGCGUGGGGAUGAGGUUAUUGGCGAGCUCAAGGUGGCCAGUGUCAUUGGUGGCAUGCGUGGUCUCAAGUCCAUGGUCUGGGAGGGCUCGGUGCUGGACCCGGAAGAGGGCAUCCGCUUCCACGGUAAGACCAUCAAGGAUUGCCAGAAGGAGCUGCCCAAGGGCACCUCCGGCACCGAGAUGCUGCCUGAGGCCAUGUUCUGGCUACUAUUGACGGGCCAGGUGCCGUCGACCGCCCAGGUGCGUGCCUUCUCGCGGGAGCUGGCUGAGCAGUCCCAUCUGCCCCAGCACAUCCUGGACCUGAUCAAGUCGUUCCCCCGCUCCAUGCACCCCAUGACCCAGCUGUCCAUUGCCGUGGCCGCCCUCAACACCGAGUCCAAGUUCGCGAAGGCGUAUGAGAAGGGCCUCAACAAGGCCGACUACUGGGAGCCGACCUUUGACGACAGCAUCUCGCUGCUGGCCAAGAUCCCCCGUGUCGCCGCGCUGGUCUUCCGCCCCGACGAGAUCGACGUCGUCGGCACCCAGGCCCUGGACGCCACCCAGGAUUGGUCGCACAACUUUGCCGUCCUUCUGGGCAAGGGUGGCCAGGAGCACCAGGACUUCCACGACCUGCUGCGUCUCUAUCUCGCCCUGCACGGCGACCACGAGGGCGGCAACGUCUCCGCGCACGCUACUCACCUGGUCGGCAGCGCCCUCAGUGACCCGUUCCUCAGCUACAGCGCCGGCUUGCUGGGUCUCGCUGGCCCGCUGCACGGCCUCGCCGCCCAGGAGGUGCUGCGCUGGAUCCUGGCCAUGCAGGACAAGAUCGGCACCAAAUUCACGGAUGAGGAAGUCCGUACCUACCUCUGGGAUACGCUCAAGUCCGGCCGAGUGGUGCCUGGCUACGGCCACGGCGUCCUGCGCAAGCCCGACCCGCGCUUCCAGGCCCUUAUGGACUUUGCUGCCACCCGCCCUGACGUCCAGGCCAACCCGGUCUUCCAGCUGGUCAAGAAGAACUCGGAGAUUGCACCUGGCGUGCUGACUGAGCACGGAAAGACGAAGAACCCUCACCCCAACGUCGACGCUGCCUCUGGUGUUCUGUUCUACCACUAUGGCUUCCAGCAACCCUUGUACUACACCGUCACCUUCGGUGUCAGCCGUGCUCUCGGCCCCCUGGCGCAGCUCAUCUGGGACCGCGCUCUGGGUCUGCCCAUCGAGCGCCCCAAGAGCAUCAACCUGCUGGGUCUGAAGAAAUAA